UAAUGCAGGCAUUCGUCGAGCCAAAAUGAAGGUUGUGUUGUGCGUCCUAGCUCUUGCUGCAGUCGCCUUAGGUGCUCCAAGUGCACCAGGCGGUCGCAUCUUCGGGGGUAUCAAUGCUGCUAGAGGCGAAUUUCCCUUUAUAGUUUCUCUGCAGUAUUGCAUAAUUGGUUUCUGCCAACAUUCCUGCGGGGCCACCAUAUUGUCGCCAAGUUGGCUGCUCACCGCUGCGCAUUGCUUCACCGAAUUGCCGGGUAUAGGUAGUGUACGAGUCAUAGCUGGAAUACUGAAUCAGAACGACGCAAACGCAGAAAAGCAGACCAUUAAUAUUGGUCGUUAUAUCGUCCAUCCGAACUAUGAAGGUGGCGUCAAUCCCCACGACAUCGCCCUCAUAAUGUUGUCAUCUUCUUUAAUCUUGAACGCGCAAGUACAACCAGCAAGACUUCCCAGACAGGGCGAAGAACCGCAGGGGCCAUUCGAUCUGGCAGGAUGGGGUUCUAUAGGCGGUAGUAACCUCUUCCCACAGAUGCCAAACAAUCUGCAGAAGGCCGUCGUUCCGUUAGUUCCCAUUAGAGAAUGCGACGCAGUGUUGACUAGGAUCUUGGAAGGAAGACCACAUCCCCUCCAUUUUGAAAGUAACGUCUGCUCUGGGCCUUUGGACGCGCCGAUCACUGCUUGCGGCGGAGACUCAGGUGGGCCCCUCUCAAAAGGCAAUGUGGUGGAGGGCGUUGUUUCCUGGGGUAUCAACCCAUGUGGUGGAGUAGAUGCUCCUACCGUGUAUGUAAAGGUCAGCAACUACAUCAACUGGAUCCAGCGGUACGUCGAUGAACCUUUAUUGUUCGCCGAUUAAUCUCUGAAAUAAAGUACCAUGUUUUCAAUGAAUUUGAAAAUUUUAA